UAAAUUAUUAUUGUAAAGGAUCCAUAUAUGAUAGUCAUGUUACGCCAAUUCAGUGUUGGAAAGUACUAGUUACCUUUGUGUCAACUGGAAGCUCUUAAAAGACGUGUGUUUUGACUUGUCUACAAUUAAUCGUUUACAUACAGGUACAGUAACUCAUACAAAUCACAGUGCACGUAAUACGUGUCAUGCAGCGCCCCACUCCCUGUUUAAUAUACGAAGCCCGUUCUAUGUUGAAGCUCCCGCUAGCAUAUCGAUUCUGCGACAGACUGUUCAGACUGCCAGUUACUGCAUAUGUACCAACGGGAUCGAUGAUCUGAUUCAACGCGCUGCCGCCAGUUGGACACUUAAACGCUGAGAAAAGUAUUGCUAUUUCAGCAUAGUCAAAGGCAAUAUUUAUACUUAUAUCACACUUUCGUUUUUCCGGGGUGUAAAUUAGUUCAAGUUGCUCUUUGGGUAUCUAUCUAAAUUUGUGUGUGUGUGUGGAUGUGUUAAUCUUGUACGGAUUCUUAUUAGCCGAUAUUCAAACAUUUCUCUACAGUUUACGUUAUAGCCCACUUAAUCGUAACUAUGCGAUAUAUCGUGCUUAUUUCAUUGCAGGGACAAACCGCCGCACGACAACCGUUAUACGGGCAUUCCUCGUAAGCAUAUGUUUUUCUAUAGACAUUACCUUGUCAUUCGUCGUGUUGUUGCGAGCUUUUUGCCUGGAUAUGCUACAGUAUAGGGUAAGACGCUUCGUCUUCGUGGAGGCUUGCCAUUGGAAUCCCCUAAAAUCGCUGAGAAGGUAGUUGGUGCAGUUGUGGCUGAACUGCUUGGGGUCUGAGUCGGCACUGAAAUUUUCCUUUUCCAUCUCUCCAGUUUUCGCUUACCGAUACUACAGCAAGAAAGGAUCUCCUGGGAAACGGUGGUGCUAUUUGUUGUCUACAUAAAUGGCGGUCGACGGUUUUCACCUCAGUGUUUGGUGUAAGCGUCAGUGAACACCAAGGAUGAGGGUGUCGAUAAAGGAAGUACUAUUCUUAGUGGCUCUGAUAGUCACACACGAUCGCAUCGCCUCGGCUUCUGGUCAGCCAGUUUCUCACGAGGAAACAUCGCAAGAAGAAGAAAUCUCUGCACCCGGCGAAUUUCCACUUUCGCCUUUGUCUUCAUCUUCAGAUGACAUUAGCGAUCUCAAGCGCCAAAACCUUGUCAAAGUUCGAAAUGAACAUCGUAAAAUUGACGAACACAUCGAUCGCAAGUCGUCGGAGAGCAUUCACGCAGCUGCUUACCUUCCUCCACCAACGACCGUUGUUCAAACCGUUCACACGCGGCCAGCUGUCGUAGCGGCCCCGCCUGUUCUGGUUGCCCCUCCGACGGUGAUCGUGCCGGAGCCUUCAGUUGUCGUGGCUCCGACGCAACUUCCUGUUGGGCCCCUUCAUCCAGUUCCUGUACAGCCGCUAUAUCGACCAAAGCCAGGGGUAGUACCCGUUGCGCCAAUUCAUCGAAACCAUUUUCUGCCACCAGUUCCUGUUGCUGCUGCUCCUGUGGCACCGCUACUUAGUCCCUUAUCUUCUCCUGUGGGGCACAUUGGUGCUCCGGUGCGACCAACUAUACACGUCCCGCAUCGUCAGCUGCACAUCAACGGACCUGCAGCCCCACCUGCACUUGUAGCACCACCACCACCACCACCGUCACCGCUGCCUCCGCAUUUCUCUCAUAUUAUUCCAGUAGCACCUGCCCCCAUAUUGGCUCGUCCACCUGUUCCGAUUCACCGGCCCAUACCACCGCCGCCGAUAUUUAUCCAUAAAGUGAUUCAGCCGGUUCCAGUGGCACCUUUACCGCCGACCACAGUCAUUGUACACCGACCCGCGCCUUAUCCACUGCGUCCACCAACGCAACGCCCCAUACUUUUUGAAAAGGUCCACACGCUUACGGGAUGUCAGAUACUGGAACCACAAAAACAGAAAGAGCCUGUAAUCGCUCAAGAAAUGCCAAUGUUAAUGAUGACAACGACGACGCCCAAACCGAAGCCAGAGCCGAUGAUGCCGGUCCCAAUGCCCAUGAUGUCGAAACCGCACCACCACUUCCACAAUGUUUUCAAGUACCCUCUAAUGUCACAUGAUCACCAUAUCGAUACGCACCAUCAUGCGCAUGAUAUGCACGACGUACAUGAUAUGCACGACAAUGGCGAUCAUGAACAUUAUCAUGGUCACUCGUGGGAAAGUCAUGAAGAUGAAGCGGGAUCCAGCAAAUCCAAAUGGAAGUUUGGGAAGCUGUUCAAGAAGAAUAAAGGCGGGCACACUCAUGACCAUAAUCAUGGACACGGGCAUAGAGGACGCAAAGAAGGCAAAAGGAAAUUUAGCCUGUUUGGUUAGCACAAGCAAAGGUGAAUAGACUAUUAUUUCGAAUCGGUCUGGCCUGUUGUUACUUUUAUAAAAAAAUGAACAGAUUCCCAAUAAACUGCCGAAGCUGGUCUUCAGUUAAAUUCUGUAUGUAUUUGUAAAAUUAAAUCAAAAUAAAUUGAUAAAAUAUUAAAUAAAAUGUGACAAUAUGUAAUGUAUGCAUGGUGCUUUAUUUGCGAUUAGAUUUAGAAACUGCACCUUAACUAUUAUAUAAUAAAUGGUAUAAGACUGCAACGCAUGCUAAUGAAUACCUAGCUUCUAUGGAAUAAAUAAAGCUUAGAUAUAAGACAGGCAGAUCCUUUUGUUUAAGCUGUAACAUGGAUUUAGGAUGAAGCAUUUUACAUUAUAUAUGUUCGUUUAAAAGCCAUUCUUAAUUCGAAGGCAAUAGUAGGAACGGACACAAUAACUAGCAUAAAAAAUUGGUCAACAAAGACCCGCUUCAUUUCAAGGCGACAGCUAAUUCGGUUCGUUU